AUGUGUGUUUCAAUGGAGGUUGAGAAUUGCUCAGGUUUUAAGUUGAAGAAGCAAGAAAGUUGUGUUCCGACUGUGGAUGAGAAUUGCUCAGGUUGUAAGAAAAGUACAAUAGUGGUAUUUGAUCGCUCCGCUGGAGACAUGAUCUGUAUGGAAUGUGGUCUUGUCUUAGAAUCACACUACAUUGAUGAUACUGCCGAGUGGAGGAUCUUUGUAGAUGACUACGCGAUUGAUAAUGACAGUGUCCGCGUUGGGGAGCAAUCAAAUCCUUACCUCGCUGAUGGUGGCCUCUCCACUGUGAUCGCAAAGCUAAGUGGCAAAUCUGGUGGUAAUUCUUUCAUGUCUUUUGGUCGACGUUUCAACAAUCGUUGUUUGAAGCCCGACCAAGCCGGCCUUAUACAAGACUUGACAACCAUGGCCACCAUGUGCGACAGGUUGGGGCUUGUUACGACCAUCAAGGAUAGGGCGAGUGAGAUAUAUAAGAAUGUGGUGGCACAUCAGAAGUCCCGGGUAGGAAAAAACAAAGAUGCAUAUUUGGCUGCCUGCUUGUUGAUAGCUUGUCGAGAUGAAGACAGACCUCGCACCAUGAAGGAAAUUUGCUGCGUUGCCAAUGGAGCAACAAAGAAGGAUAUCGGUCGCGCAAGGGUUUACAUAGUGAGUCAACUGGGAGUAAACUUUGGAAAGGGAAUACAUGCAGGGGACUUUUUGAGACGUUUCUGUUCACGUCUUGGUAUGACCAACCAAGCUGUUAAAGCUGCCCGGGAAGCACUUGAUAAGUUGGAAGAGCAGGAUGUUGAUAUAAGGAGGAGCCCGGUUUCAGUUGCAGCUGCUAUUAUUUACAUGAUAACCCAAUUAUCCGCCGAUAAAAAACUGCUUCAAGAUGUUUCAGAUGCAACUGGAGUUGCAAUAAGCACCAUCCAGAAUACCUACAAAGACAUUCAUCCUCAUGCCCCUGGACUGAUACCAGCUUGGUUUGCUAAAGGGGAGAAUCUCAACACCUUAUGGGAGAUACGUCCUGGAGACUCCAAGCACAUCUCCUUCUGGCAUGACAAUUGGCUCGGUGCACAGUACUUAAAGUUCUUUGCCCAGAAUUUUUUGUUGGCAGUUGGGGAAGUGCCACCUUUUGAUGGGGAGUUGGAUGUAAGAUACUGA